CACGCUCUUGUAAAGCGUCUACAUGAGCAAGAGUAAAAGGAAAACGAAUUUUACAUGUUUUGUAUGAAAAACUUAACGAUAUCAUGAAAACAUAGAUGUUAUUCCUGCCAGUGCUAAUUUUUAUCUUCCUAGACACAUUUGGUUAUUUCAGGACUAUUAUUUAAUCGUCAGCCACAAGAUGAGUGAAAAGAAUAUACAGAAAGGACCAGGGCCUAAGGGAGUUGGGACGUUAACAGUUGAACAAAUACAAGAGGAUAGAAUAACACAGUUGGCCUCUGAACUUUGGUCUCCAACAGCAUUGAAGAAAAAUGUCAAGUUCAAAUCAGAGGUUGUUGAAGAGAUAUACACUAAGGAGCUUGUUAAAACCAACUUUGCAACAAAACGUGUAAUGAUGCUUGAAUUCAGUCAAUAUUUAGAGAAUUAUCUCUGGCCAAAUUAUGAUCCUGGAAAGUCAAGUCAAAGUCAUUUGAUGUCUAUUAUACUGAUAGUGAAUGAGAAAUUCAGAGAGCGGGUACCACCAUGGAUUUGUUUCAAGAAGAAAUCAGACCAUUUCGCAGCAUUUUUUCACCACAUAUUGGAGACGACACUGUCCGAUGUUAGGUCUCUCAAGGAGCAAUCAUUUCUGAUUAUAUUUCUGAUACACUGCUUUAGAAGUCUAGAAAUGGAUCUGAUACGAGAGCAGGUACAGAGAUUGGUAUCUUUACCUAUCUGGACUUGUCUUUUACCUGGUAAAAGAGAGGAACUGUUUAAAGCCUAUCCAAAGUACAAAAAGUUUUACAACUUCAUCAAGAAAAGUGAUGGCAAAUUAACAGCAGAACAGAGAGACAAGGUGGAAUUUGAAAGAUCUUUCCUGAACAAUCUCAUACAUAAAUACAUCUCUGUUCUUAACGCAAUACCAGAGAAAGGUAAAGUUGCAGGUGAGAGGAUUAUGUAUUGUGAGAGGUUUGUAGAGUUUCUAGUUGACAUCGAGGCCCAGUUACCUACAAGGAGAUUCUUCAAUGCUCUUAUGGAUGAUAGCCAUGUCCUCAGUGUCUCAUUACUCUCUAAUCUCAAUCAACGUGAGGACGGAAAAUUAUUCUCAGAGUUACUGGACAUGCUGAAAGCGUAUGCAGAGUUUGAGAUUGAUGAGGGGACAGGGGAGGCCCUAAAUAUACAUAAUAGGAUAGAUCUUCAUUACAACAGAGUUCUAGCACUACAGAAAGUUGCUUUCAAGCAUUUCCCAGAUCUACAUCAGUUUGCUAUAGCAAAUGUAGCCAGUGUAGACAGUAGAAAAUCCUUGUUGAAAUACUUCAAUCCACUCAGCACAAGUGACCUUCACAAAUUACUAGGUCAUCUAAAUAUGUUACCUAUGCUAGAGGAAGGGCAGGAGUCAACAAAGGAUCGUGAAUUUCUUCUAGAACUCUUGGUGAGUCAUCAUGAGAAGAAGAAAUCUCAGUUAGAACAGAUUAAUGAGAUGGCAUUGUACCCAACAGAAGACAUUAUCUGGGAUGAAAAUAUAGUGCCAACUGAGUAUUACAAUGGUGAAGGAACACUUGCCUUACCAAAAAUCAACCUACAGUUCCUGACGUUACAUGAUUACCUACUGAGAAACUUCAAUCUGUUUAGACUGGAAUCUACAUAUGAGAUACGACAGGAUAUUGAAGAUGCUAUUACACACAUGAAACCAUGGAAAGCUGAGGAUGGGUCCACUUAUUUCGGAGGGUGGGCAAGAAUGGCUCAGCCUAUUGCAGGGUUUAAUGUUGUAGAGGUAGCCAAGCCAAGGGUCGGUGAGAGUCACCCAGCUCAAGUGAGGGCAGAUGUUACAGUUACUCUUAGUGUUGUACAAAGCAUCAAAAAUGAAUGGGAAGGUUUGAGGAAACAUGAUGUUGCAUUUUUGAUUUCUGUGCAACCUCCUCACAAUAUAGGCCACAAAUAUGAUAUAAAAGCACCUUUCAUACCUCAAGUUGGCCUCAUGUAUGUUCGAGGCUGUGAAAUAGAGGGAAUGCUUGAUGCUGAGGGCAAAGUAAUAGAAGAAGGUCCAGAGCCAAAACCAGAAUUAACUGGUGAUACACGUACAUUUCGUGUAUGGUUAGAUCCUAACCAAUAUCAACAAGAUAUGGUAGCUACAGAAGAUGGAACUGAGGAUGUUUAUGAAACAUUCAAUAUAAUCAUGAGGAGGAAACCUAAAGAGAACAACUUCAAGGCGGUACUGGAGACUAUACGGGACCUGAUGAAUACAGACUGUGUCGUGCCAGACUGGUUACAUGAUUUAAUCCUAGGAUAUGGCAGUCCAGAUUCAGCUCAUUACAGACAGAUGGAGAAUAAGAUAAACAGUUUAGAUUGGAACGAUACAUUCCUGUCAGUGGAACAUCUGUUAUAUAGUUUCCCUGGUUACAAGAUAGAAUUAGAAUCUGAUGCUGCCAAGGCACAACCUCCAUUUAGGUUAACUUUUAUGGAAGAGGAGUCACAGACUGGAAAGAGAAAGGAAGGGGAAGAUGCCCCAGUUCCUGUACAGAAAAUAGUUGUACAACCUCAUAUUAUACCAAAUAGAGGACCUUACUCUUACAGUCAGCCUAAAAAGAAUAGUAUAAGAUUCACACCUACCCAGAUCGAGGCUAUCAGGUCCGGUAUGCAGCCUGGACUCACUAUGGUUGUUGGACCUCCUGGUACUGGGAAAACUGACGUAGCCGUACAGAUCAUAUCAAAUAUCUACCAUAACUUUCCAGACCAGAGAACUCUUAUUGUUACUCACUCUAACCAGGCUUUGAAUCAACUGUUUGAGAAGAUUAUGGCAUUGGAUAUAGCCGAACGUCAUCUAUUACGUCUUGGUCACGGAGAAGAAGCCCUCGAGACGGAGAAAGAUUACAGUCGCUAUGGUCGUGUCAACUAUGUACUGGCACAGAGACUCGAACUUCUACAGGAGGUUGCUAGGUUACAGGAGAGUCUGAAGGUACCAGGUGACGUGUCAUACACCUGUGAGACAGCAGGGUAUUUUUAUAUAUACCAGGUGUUGGCAAGAUGGGAAGAAUUCCAGGCUAAAAUCCGGAAACUCAAAGAAAAGACAACUGAUAAGAUCCGAGAGUUCUUUCCCUUUACUGAAUUCUUCAAAAACGCACCUCAGCCUUUGUUUAAAGGCAGAAAUUAUACAGAAGAUAUGGAUAUAGCUGAGGGUUGUUUCAAACACGUCAAGAAAAUGUUCACUCAACUUGAGGAAUACAGAGCAUUUGAGUUACUACGUAGUGGGUCUGACAGGGCGGACUACUUGUUGAUCAAGGAAGCUAAGAUUAUUGCUAUGACCUGUACCCAUGCUGCACUGAAACGUCGUGACCUUGUCAAUGUCGGUUUUAAGUUUGACAACAUAAUGAUGGAGGAAGCAGCACAGAUUUUAGAAAUUGAGACCUUUAUACCUCUUUUACUACAGAAUCCUGAGUUUAACAACAAUCGCUUAAAGCGUUGGAUAAUGAUCGGAGAUCAUCACCAGUUGCCACCGGUCAUCAAGAACAUGGCAUUCCAGAAGUUCUCAAACAUGGAGCAGUCAUUAUUCACGAGACUGGUUAGACUUGGUGUCCCCACGGUAGAUUUAGACGCUCAAGGAAGAGCCAGAGCAAGUAUUGCUGGCUUGUAUAACUGGAGAUACAAGAAACUAGGAAAUCUUCCUCAUGCCGUUACUAACCCAGAGUACCGUCUAGCUAACGCUGGGUUUGUUUUUGAUUACCAGUUGAUUAAUGUAGAAGACUUCAAUGGUGUUGGAGAAUCUGAACCUAACCCAUAUUUCUACCAGAAUUUAGGAGAAGCAGAGUAUGUGGUAGCUAUGUUUAUGUACAUGAGGUUGAUGGGAUAUCCGGCAGAGAAGAUCUCCAUACUGACCACAUAUAAUGGUCAGAAACAUCUGAUCCGAGACGUCAUCAAUCAGAGAUGCUCCAAAAACCCGUUCAUUGGCAGACCUUAUACUGUAACUACAGUAGACAGAUAUCAGGGACAACAGAAUGAUUAUAUCCUUCUAUCUCUUGUCAGAACUAGAACUGUAGGACAUCUUAGAGAUGUACGAAGAUUGAUUGUUGCCAUGUCUAGAGCCAGGCUCGGACUGUACGUGUUUGCUAGAGUCUCACUCUUCAGCAACUGUUUUGAACUCACACCAGCUUUUAAUAGAUUGUGUUCAAGACCUACAGAGCUACAUAUAGAUCCACAGGAAAAUUUUCCUACCUCCAGAAAGAUUGAUGAGAAGCCAGGGCACAAUCCAAUGGUGAUAAAUGACAUGCCUCACAUGGCCCAGUUUGUAUUUGAUCUCUACAAUCAGAAGAUAGACUCACUUAUGAGGGCAAGAAAUCUCCCUUCGGCUGAUAGGUUGACUGAGCCACCAAGGGUAAGGAAAGACAGAAAAUAAGGUGACACAAGAUGUACUUGAAAAAUGAGAAAAGAUCACUCAGCUGUGCUGAGAGCAUAUAGUAAUACCUUCAUGAUUGUUCCAACUGGAUGUGGUUUAGUACAAGAAGAACAGUAACAUAUGAUUGUCAUCAAGUUUUCUGGCAUUGCACAUACAAUUUACUUCAAACAGUCAUACUGUGAGAUGAAAGCAUUCAGUGAAGUUACAAAAGUGACUGAUUCCAGUGUACAUGCUACUCUAUGUGAAUAUUAAAAUUUGUGACAGACUUUAUCACUGGAGUAAGGUGGAUUAAAAUAUUAGUACAUGUACAACUAUGGUACAAUUUUACAUAAAAAUAUUAGUACUAUGUACAUCUACUGUACAAUUAUACAUUUCAUAGUGCUAAAAGCAGCUUCAUUACAGAUGUCAUUGUUUUUUCAUGAAAAUAUUACAGCAUAAUUAAACAAAGAUGUUUUAUAAGAA